GCGGCACCGCCGGAGCGCGCAGGGCGUCCGCGGGGUGCUGCCGAGCGGGCUGCCCGGCCCGGAGACGACCCUCGGCGCGAAUUCAGAGCCAGAUCGCCCUUCCCAGAAGACUCGGGGUCAGCCGCGCAAAAGGAAUUAGACAAAGGCUUCCCCCACCUCUCUGAACUUGUAAAACGCCCUUAAAAGGAAUUUGGAGCCACUUGAGGGACAGCGCGUUUUCUGGCCAGAGCGUCACCAGGGUUCUUUUGCCCAACAGGUUUGAGGAGGCAGAGAGCUGGGCGCGGGCGACAUGGCCCUCGUGCCCUACGAGGAGACCGCGGCGGUGGGGCUGCAGAAGUUCCACAGGCCCCUGGCCACCUUCUCUUUCGCAAACCACACGAUCCAGAUCCGGCAGGACUGGAGGCACCUGGGAGUGGCGGCGGUGGUGUGGGACGCGGCUGUUGUUCUUUCCACGUAUCUGGAGAUGGGAGCCGUGGAGCUCAGGGGCCAUGCUGUCGUGGAGCUGGGUGCUGGCGCGGGGCUGGUGGGCAUAGUGGCUGCCCUGCUGGGUGCUCACGUGACUAUCACGGAUCGAAAAGUAGCAUUAGAAUUUCUUAAGUCAAACGUCGAAGCCAACUUACCUCCCCAUAUCCAACCCAAAGCUGUUGUUAAGGAGCUGACUUGGGGACAAAAUUUGGGGAGUUUUUCACCUGGAGAAUUUGACCUGAUACUUGGAGCUGAUAUCAUAUAUUUAGAAGAAACAUUCACAGAUCUUCUUCAAACACUGGAACAUCUCAGUAGCAACCACUCCGUGAUUCUUUUAGCCUGUCGAAUUCGCUAUGAACGGGAUAACAACUUCUUAGUGUUGCUGGAGAGGCAGUUUACUGUGAGUGAGGUUCACUAUGAUCCUGAGAAAGAUGUGCAUAUUUACGAGGCACAGAAGAGAAACCAGAGGGAGGACUUAUAGUUGGCUGUAAUUGAUAAGACAUGUCAUCACCGCGUGCGUCAGUGAAGGUCUGAGACGGGGAGUG